AUGCGUUGCGUCACUGCGUUUUCAGUGGAAAGUCUCCUAGAUAACACAAUUGUUUUACCACCACCAAGGAUAAAUGUGUUUCAUUGCAAAACAAACUGUUCAUUAUUUCGAAAACACUAUUUACGAGGCGAUAUUCCAUGUGGAAAACUGUUUGCAAACAAUCAAACAAAAAUUACAACCUAUUUGAAAUGGAAAGUUCCAUUCAGUGAAUUAGAUAUUUUUUAUCAUCUGCCAUUAUUUUUCGAAGGUCUUAGUGAGAACUUGUCAACGUACCACGAAUUAGCAAUCCAUGGAAUAUUUGACUUAUUACACUUUGGAAAUCCAGAUCAGAUAGUAAGUUGUAUUCCUCAGUUGAUAUUACCAAUGAGAAGAGCAUUGAAUACAAAAAACAUAUGUUGCAUAAUUUCUACCAUGAAGGCAUUACACAAAUUAGUAAUGAUUGGAGAAAAUAUUGGUCCAGCCCUUGUGCCAUACUUUCGCCAAAUCUUACCGAUUUUCAAUCUAUUUCGAAGCAAAAAUAUUUGCAUUGGAGACCAUAUUGAUUAUAAUGGACAGAUUGGAGAUUUUAUUGAUCAGACUCUCCAAAUUCUAGAAUAUUAUGGUGGACCAGAUGCCUACAUCAAUAUUAAGUAUGUGAUACCAACAUAUGAAAGUUGUAUUAUGAAUUAA